AUGAAGAAUGUGUAUAGUCGAAUUGAUCUGUCGAGUUUCGUGACAGGUUCGACAGAGCACACGUGGCAGCCAACAAUGUCCGCGGAGACGAACGUCCCAAGCUACUGGCUAAACUGGAGAUUCUUCCUCUGCGCCGUCUUCGUCUUGACCUCUCUGUUUCUCUCUUCUUUCCUCAUUUGGAAAUACGAACAAGGACUCGGAAAAAAACGCAAUCGUGAUGAUGAUGAUGAUGAUGAUCGAAGCGAACUCGUGGAAGUUGUAUACGACGAUGAAACUUGGAACACUAGUGUGGAAACGAUCCAUCCGAAUUGGCUUCUAGGUUUCCGAGUUUUCGGCUUCGUCGUUCUUCUUGGACUCAUCUCCGGUAACGCCAUCGCUGACGGCGCCGGCAUUUUCAUCUUCUACACUCAAUGGACUUUCACUUUGGUCACUAUUUACUUUGGGGUUGCAGCAUUGGUGUCUAUAAACAGAUUUAGAUUUGAUGAUAACGAGCAGAGAGGAGUUAGUGCAGUAGAUGAAGAAGAGCAAGGAUCUUAUAGACCUCCGAAUGUGUUUAAGUCUUCUAAUGGACAUGAGAGACGUAAUAGGUCUAGUAGACGUCAGGUUGCGACUACAUUUGGUUACAUUCAUCAGAUUCUUUUUCAAACUUGUGCAGGAGCUGUGUUGCUUACGGAUGGUGUGUUUUGGUUCAUUAUCUACCCUUUUCUCACUUCCAAAGAUUUCAAUCUUGAUUUUUUCAUUGUGAUUAUGCACUCAGUCAAUGCUGUUUUCCUGCUUGGCGAAACUUUCUUGAAUUCUCUGCGAUUCCCAUUGUUCAGGAUCUCAUACUUUGUGGUAUGGACCGGCAUUUUUGUGCUAUUUCAAUGGAUUGUUCACGCUUGUGUCUCCUUCUGGUGGCCUUACCCAUUCUUGGAUUUAUCAUCAUCCUAUGCCCCUUUAUGGUAUGCAGCGGUUGGGUUGAUGCAUGUGCCAUGCUUUGGAAUCUUUGCUUUGAUCGUCAAGUUGAAGUACAUGUGGAUCUCAAGAUGUUUCUCAGAAGAAUCUUAG